GGCGGAGCCGCUCCCGGCGGCUGCCCGGCCGCUGCGGCCGGUGGUGCCCGAGCAGCGGAGCGGAGCGGCGGGAUGAGGCCCGCAGCCAUGGGAGCUCUGCUGCUGCUGGAGGGACUGUCCUCGUGGCUUGGAAAUGCCCCUGCAGAGCCUGCCAGGCUGGGCUGGCCAACACAUCAGCCCAUCAGAUGAAGUGCAGGGCUCUGAGUACCAGCAGAAGCACUGUGUCAAAACCUGUGAAGAAUCCCUAAUGUGCAGAAGGGGAAAUUCCUUUAAGACAGCACAGGCAGGGAGCAACCUCAGAGAGCAAGACAGACUUGGGAUGCAGUGGCUUCAGAGGGACUGAGAAGAUGCAGCACACCUUUUGUGUGCCACCUUGGCACCCAAUUUCUCACCAACAUUUCUUGACAUCACAUCAUAUAAAACAUCAGAAAAGGACAGUUGACCUUCCUGUAAUGGAUGGGGCAUGUUUCCAGAAGUUAAGAAGGUUCUUUGUGCCACUAUUGAGGUAAAAUCACAGAAUCACAGAAUUUUAUUAUUUGGAAGGGACCUUAGAGAUAACCUAGUCCCAACUCCCCUGCAUGGACAGGGACACCUCCCACUAGAACAGGCUGCUCCAAGCCCCAUCCAACCUGCCCUUCAACACCUCCAGGGAUGGAGCUCCCACAGCAUCUCUGGGCAGCCUGUUCCAGUGUCUCACCACCCUUACACUGAAGAAUUUACACCUGAUCUCUAACCUGAAUCUCUCUUCUUUCAGCUUAAAACCAUUACCCCUCAUCCUCUCACUGCAAGCCCCUAUAAAAAGCCCCUCCCCAGCUUCCUGCAGGCCCCCUUCAGGUACUGGAAGGCUGUUAGGAGGUCCCGCUCAGAGCCUUCUCUUCCUCAGGCUGAACAACCCCAGCUCCCUCAGCCUGUCCUCACCACAGAGCUGCUCCCGCCUUUGGAUCAUUUUUGUGGCCCUUCUCUGGACACAUUCCAACAGGUCCACAUCUUUCUUGUGUUGGGGGCUCCAGAGCUGGAUGCAGUAUUCUAGGUGAGGUCUCACCAGGGCAGAGCAGAGGGGCAGAAUCACCUGUCUUGAUCUGCUGGCUACACUUCUUUUGUUACAGCCCAGGAUGGAGUUGGCCUUCUGGCCUGCAACUGCACAUUGGUGGCUCAUGUCCAGCUUUUGAUCCAUUAGGAUCCCCAGGUCCUUUUCCACAGGGCUGCUCUCAAGGGUGACCUCCCCCAGCCUGUAUUCAUAUCUUGGGUUACCUUGGCCCAAGUGCAGGACUCUGCACUUGGCUUUGUUGAACCUCAUGAGGUUCACCUGGGCCCACUUCUCUAGCUUGUCCAGGUCCCUCUGGAUGGCAUCCCAUCCCUCUGGCAUAUUGACUGCACCACCCAGCUUGGUGUCAUCAGCAAACUUGCUGAGGGUGCUCUCACUGCCACUGUCAAUAUCGCUAAUGAAGAUAUUAAACAACAUUUUGUUUCUGUCACCAGGAAAAAAUGUGUUGGAGCCUGAGAACUUCUUUUUGCAGCACGAACAUUUAAGUCAUAGACAUUUAUCUUCUUUCAUCAGCAAAUUGAUUCUUGGGAGGCUCUGGGACAUUUGAAAGUGAUUUGGAGAGAGCAGUCUGUCUGAUGGACACCGAACCAGAGCCAGCGUGUGUGGUGCAGCAGGCUCAGUGCCCAGGAAUGAAGUGCCCUCCUGCAGAGGACUUUCCUCCUCAGAUAAGACUGUCUGAAAAGAUACCACCAGUGAAGCCUUGCUUCAAGAAGAAGCAGCAAGCACAGAAGAGACUGGACACAGAAACUCUCCGGGCUUUGCGGCCAAUCUUCACCAGUUUGCUGGGGGCUGGGACCUUGGAUAGAGUCUUUGUGCCUCGAGGGCAAGGUGGUGAUCAUGGUGAUUUAUGUGAACCUGCUGUGAAAAAGACUCUGGACCUUGGUACUUCUUGCCCCCAACCAGAAAGUAACGUGACUGUGCUGGUGCCAACAGCUCCAGAUGUGCAGAGUCAGUUGCCAGUAGCUCAUCCUUCUUCUGGGCACCCUGAGCAGGAUGUUCAGUCAGGAGAGCAAGGCUUCUCACCAGACACUACUCCUGGAACUGCUUCUGAUAAUAGUAAUGAAUCAUUCCAGGAUCAUCUUUUGCACCCAGCUUCUAGUGAUGGUGCAGCUUGUCCUUUGUUCCCAGACAAGAUUCUGGAAAGCUACACAUCUGGCUUAUUUCAGGAGAAUAGCUGUCCAAUGCAAUACAGUUUGAACACGAGCAAUCAAUUGAGUGCUGGGAUAUUCCAGGAUAAAAGUGAAGAAGCUUCUCUUGACCUGGUGUUUGAGCUCUUGAACCAGCUGCAGUAUCACACCCAUCAGGAAGACGGAAUAGAAAUCUGUGUGGAUUUUCUCCAAGGCACUUGUGUUUAUGGCAGUGAUUGUCCCAAACAUCACACAGUCUUGCCUUAUCAUUGGCAGGUGAGAAGGACAGCGACCCAGAGUUGGCAGAGUGUAACCAAUGAUUCCCAGGAGCAUCUGGAAAGACUCUACUGCAACCCUGACAAUGACAGGAUCAAAGUGAAGUACCGGGGACAUGAGUUUUGGGUGGAUUUGAAUGUUAUGAAACUGUAUGAAACUGUUGAGUUUGACCAAAUGCGGCGGCUCUCCACACCUUCCUGCCCCAGCUCCAGCUCCAGCUACUACACGGUCUGGAAAUACUUCUGCAGGGACCACUUUGGCUGGAGAGAAUACUCUGAGCCAGUUGUAAGGCUGAUAGAGGAAGCCAGCUGCCGGGGGCUGAAAGAGGUGCGGUUUGUUACCUGGCAUAAUCAGUAUAUCUUGAACAUCAAAGAUGGAUUCCAGCAAAAUGCAUGUUUCAGAAGAGAAAUCAAGAGGAGGCCCCUCCUGCGCUCCUGCGUGGUGCUGAUGCCGUUCUUACAGACCUUGGGUGGCAACUCGCCCGCGCCCUCCGCUGAGCCGGCUUCUGCACGUGUCUUAUCUCCUGCUGCUGUCACCUCCCCAAACUUCUAUCCUGAGACGUGGAUUAGUAUGGAUCCAUCUCAGGACUUCAUCCAAGUGCCUGUUCUGAAGGAAGAUAAAAGCUAUAGAACCAUUUAUAACCUGUUCCACAAGACUGUGCCAGAGACCAAAUACAGGAUUUUGAAAAUUCUCCGAGUGCAGAAUCAGUUUCUUUGGGAGAAAUAUAAAAGGAAAAAGGAAUAUAUGUCCAAAAAAAUGUCUGGGCUUGACAGGAUAAUGAACGAAAGGCAUUUGUUCCACGGCACCUCCCAGGACGUGGUGGAUGGAAUCUGCAAGCACAACUUCGACCCCCGGGUCUGUGGGAAACACGCCACCAUGUUUGGACAGGGCAGUUACUUUGCCAGAAAAGCAAGUUAUUCCCACAACUUUUCCAAAAGGUCACCCAGGGGAGUUCAUUACAUGUUCCUGGCAAAAGUCCUGACGGGCCGGUACACGGUGGGGAACCACACCAUGAGGAGACCCCCCCCUGUCAACCCCGGCAGCAUCACCAGCGACCUCUAUGACUCCUGUGUGGACAAUUACUUCGAGCCUCAGAUUUUUGUCAUUUUCAAUGAUGAUCAGAGUUACCCCUAUUUUAUCAUCCAGUAUGAAGAAGUUAGCAACACCGUCUCCAUUUGAAAACUCCUGCUGCUAAAUUACUCCUUUGAAUAAACUCUCUGGCCUGGCAUUGCUAGCAGGUUUUGGGGGAAAAAAAUAAAAGUGGACGUUGCAGAACUGAUGAAAUUACUUGCUUGAAAGGAACUAAAUCUCAAAGUAUAGGAAAGAAGAUCUGAAGUGACCAAUUGUGCACUUGCUGUUUGAUUAUGUCUGUGCAAAUUGUAAAUAUUUUUCCAUUGUUUAUAGUUGAAAAUCUGUGCCUUUUGUUAUAAAACACUGUUUAUUUAUGGUAGUAAAUAUUCAUGUUUAAAAA